UGCUGCUGAAACCAAGUUUAGUUUAGUGUAUAUUAGAUAUAUCACAGAUAGAUCACAUGUUUCCAGAGACUAAGAUGUCAUUAUCUAGUUUUUUGUGUCUGUUGCCAAAAACAUAAUUAGAGCCAAAAAAACCCUGCAAAUGAUCACAUUGGAAAAGACGGACUUUACAAAUCAAUAAUGUCAGUGAAACACGCCAAACCCAACUUUAGCCAGUCUCAGGUGGUUGAGAUGGUGAAGAGACUCUUUAGGCUGACGGCAUCAGAAAUUCGCUCUCUGCCAAGCUACGAUGACCAGAACUUCUAUGUGGCGGCCAUCGAGGGUGGCGAGUACGUCCUGAAGAUAAUGAACUCAGAAGACAGUAAGAACCUCUCCCUGAUUGAGGUGCAGACGCAUGCAAUGUCCUUUCUGCACCAGAAUGGACUUCCUUCCCAAACAGCCCUGCCUACCAUCUCAGGACAGCUCAUGAGCCUGGAAGAAAUAGAUUGUGGCUAUGGCUUUCAGAAGUACCUGGUGCGACUGCUUACUUAUUUGCCUGGAACCACUAUUUCCAAGGUUCCUUUAACGCCACAGUUACUGUAUGAAACCGGCAAGAUGGCGGCCAGAAUGGACAUAAUCCUACAAGAGAUGGAACACCCUCAUCUCGCCAUGCUGCAGAGAGAGAAUUUCCUAUGGAGUCUGUCAAAUGUGUCCCACCUGGAAGCAUACAUCAAAGUAUUGGAUGGAGAUCCUCUUGAGAAGCUUGUGAAGUCUGUCAUUCAUCAGUACAAGACCUCUGUGGUCCCUAAACGCUCCAAUUUCCGGAAGUGCAUUAACCAUGGCGACUUCAAUGACCUCAAUGUGCUCGUACAACCUGAUGAGAAUGAAGGCCACAGGAUUUCUGGCAUCCUUGACUUUGGGGACAUGAACAAUGGCUACUACAUCCAUGAGCUAGCCAUUGCUGUCAUGUAUUUGAUGACGGAGCAUCCUAAACCCGUAGAGGUGGGUGGACCUGUCCUCGCCGGCUGGGAAAGUGUCCUUCCCCUCAACGAGACGGAGAAAGAUUGUUUCUACGUGCUGGUGCUGUGCCGCUUCUGCCAGUCGUUGGUUUUUGCUCGUCACUCUGUGAUCUUGCAUCCGGAAAAUGCAGAAUAUCUGAUGAUUUCAUCCAAGAGGGGCGUCACCAUUCUCCAACAACUCUGGGAGCUCGGAAAGGAGCAGGUGGAGAAGGUGUGGUUUCAGAGUGCUGUUCAACUCAGUGACAGAAAGUGAGAAAUAUAUAAGGAAAGCCAUUCACACAUUUCAACCACAAUAGGUUGAUUUAACUGAGCCUUUGGUACAAAGCAAGUAUGCUUUUAAGAUUACCAGUUAAAAACAAUAAAUUGUGUUUUCACAGUAAAAACAUUUUACUCUUGAGAUUCAGACAUAGUGUAGUAUGAAUAGUGCAGUGUGUCUGAAUCAGAGAUGGGUAAGCAAAAAGCAAAAAACGGUAUGCAAGUCAAAGUAUUGAUACACUAUGGUGACGCUAUGGUACUGUAAAAGCCAUAAUCGUCAACACAAUAACUAUCAGUGAAAGGGUAAGAAAUCAUUUUGGGAAAAGGGCUGUGAGUAACUGAUCCUCAUCACAAAGAGUCAUUAUUGGAACCAUAAGUGACCUGUCAUUACAUUAAAGAAACUCAUGUUUAAUAAGUGCCUGAUAUCAUGAUGGUUCAUACAGUCCACUGGACUUGUGUACCUCGGUGCUCUUCUGUACAUUAACAAGCCACUUGGAUGGACAUCGGCUGUUUGACAAAGCCACAAAUGGUUUGUUAAAAGCACAUCAACCUAAUUGUCUGCACUCAUGCAUUACACGUACACAAACACAUUUUGGUGCUGAUGAUGUUUGUGUCCAAAAUCCCUCCCCAUUUACUAUAGACUGUGCUACUUACUGUCUGCCAUUUUAUUUCAGUAUCCACAUUCUGAGUGUGUAAACUUAUGCUCCAUACAUUAUAGAGUUCUCAAAUAUUAAGGAAUUUAGAAAUAAAUAUUCCGUCAACCAAAACAAAAACACAACAUCCUUUUGUAGCCACUAGAAAAUUAAUUUGCAGUGGGAAAUACCUCAACAUUCUGAUUAAUGUUAACCAUUUAAUAAGUUUAUACUGCUCCAAUUGUCUCAAUAAAAAUAAAAACUC